AUCUUAACUUCUAAAACUCAAACAAGAUCAGUUGGAGUUCGAGUUGGAAUCAUGCUGAGAAGCUUCCUUUACAGUAGAACGUCUGUAACUAAAUCCUUCAGUUGUUUUCUCCGAGGAAAACCUCAGGUUAGUUGUGUCUGUUUUAGCCAGUUUGUAGCUUUUUUCUUUUUAUUUUAAUAGCUCACUCUAAUUGACUUUAAUUAGAAUUACCGCAUGUCUAGAUAUACGUGUCCACGAGUUAAGACUACACUUAAUAUAAGUUAUAUGCAAAAGAAAACUUCUCAAGGAAAAACUGUUAUAAUAAGGCUAUAAAACAUGAGCAACAGGCCCGCUAACGUACGUGGGCUGGGUUUGGUUGUUCAAAGCAGGGUUAUAACCCAGGGUUAGUGCAAAAUUUCAAUUCAGCUAUGAAAACUUUAAAAGCAAAUUCAGUUUUAUUUUUUUGUGCACAAUUUGAUGAUUUUACGCUCUAAAAGAAUUGAGAAAAUUAUCCUGAAAAAUACUUUUGAACAAAAAAAAAAACUUGGGUUAAAACCCUAGUUCAGCGCUAAUCGCCCUUCGAAGACCUGGGCCCUGAAGUUUAGCCCGUAUUGGAAUCACUAAUACAAGUGGUAGAGAGUAUGAAAGCAAACAGCAAGGGUACCCAACGACGCUUUCCUCCUAAAUACAUUGAAAACGCUUUUUAGGCUAUACAGACUGUUUAUAGAUCUGAAGAAAUACAUUCUAAGCGGCGCUAUAAAAUCUGUAUUUGUUCGGUCAUCCUAGGGGAGCUUGCAUGAGUCUUUUCGAAAUUACAAGGGCUUCAGUCUUAUUUUCCCGAAAAUUUUAGAUGCAAUUUAACGUAUUACGAAAGCGAGAAUUUUUCUGAGUCCUCUCUUCAUGACAGUUUUGAAUCCGUAAAAAUUUAGGUUUCCUUUUUUUUCGGAAAUAGCCUAAUCUAGGGAGUGAAAUGUGAAAAAUUAAACUUCAGAAAAUCGUAGGGAAUCUAUUAGAUUAGCUUCGAAACUUGUAAAUGAAUGCAACGGUCAUCUAGAAAUGUUCAGCUAUCCUCAAUUAAUAGAAAAAUCUGGGCAAUAUUUGCUUCUCCGAACAGAUAUUUUACAGAAACCUGUCGUUUGGUGCCCCUGAAACAGUUCUGUUAACAAAACAAAAGCGAUCAUUGGAUUAGUUUUCGCACGAAUUUUUGAAGUAUCUGUAUUGUGAUUUGCAGUCCACCUACAGUGUGACAGAUGUCAAGCCACUGGUAUCUGGAAACUGCUUACAAAUAGAUUGGAAGGACGGACACACAACCACGUAUGAAUACGUUAGAAAUGGGCUAAUUUAGUUUACCAUUUUUGCGAACUUUCCGCAUUAGAGACCAAGCAUAAUGCGAGAAAGUACGAGAAACAAACCAUAAUAAGCCAAAAAUAAGCCCCCCGGGGGUUUAAUAGAGGAUUUACGGUAGUUUUACCCAAGUCUCUGCUUUUAAUCUUUUUCGUAUUUUACCGUUUGUGAUGGCUUGUACUUUCUGGCAAAAAGCUGGUAUCCUAAUGGCAGAAUGCUUCGUUGGGGCAAAUAAAAUGUCUUAUAUUCUAAUUCGUUACCCCGCUCAAACAAAUAUAAAACAUUUAUCAUGUAACAAGCAACCUCAAUUGGGGUGUGUCAACACGAACCGUGUGUGACCCUGUUUAUUACGCCUUCAUCAACAGAAUGGAUGAAAAUAAUACAACAAACAGAAUGAAAACUCGGAAAUGUAAAAAAUUACAGCACGAAAAACAACCCUACAAAAUGAUCUAAACUAUGCUCGUAUAACAAUGAUUCAGUAAACAUACAAAACGUGCUAAACCUUUCGUAUAGCAGCAUGCAAAAAACUACGUCUAAGAGAAACCCCUGGUCACUGGGUAUUUAAUUUUGAGGGCGUAGGGACGGUCGUAAGACGCGAAUGAAUAUAAAUGAGAACAACUCAAAUAUAUAUAGUCUACCGCUAAUGAAGCAACAGAACAGCAUACCAUGUAACACCCUGAAGAAAAGGUUACAUAACCCAUGAUAAAUACAUAUCCUCGGAUAACUAUAAACUUUUCGCGAUUCCCAGACUACUUCUCCAUUUAUUUGAAGACAGGACCUUUAACAUUCAUAAAAGGAGGAACCACAUGGAUGAGCAGGGGAUUGAUCGGGGGUUCUAAGGGCUCUGAAAAGAGCUCCCGAUCGUUUACGUUUUCGGCAAUUUUAGCGUUAUGCCUUCCGCGAUCUGGCUAGCAGUUCGAAUGAGUCUGAUGUCGCACUGCAUUGGCUUUAAAAUUCGAGGCAAUUGUGAGCUAUUUUACAACUGAGUGGUUUUCUUGAAUGGGCAUUGUCUCAGUCUUGGCAACCACUGUUAUUCAGUUUUGGGCCUAAGACAACAGCUCGCUGCUCCAGACCCGCCAUUAGAGACCUUUAGCAUCAGGUAAACCGCAAACCUCAAACCGCAAACCGCUGUUACGCGUUUGCAGUUUCGCGUUGCCGAGAUUUCAAACUUUAGCAAGGCGUUCAGUUCGAUUUGUUCAGUUCAGUUCAGUCCCCUUUUAUUUAGCCAAAAUACGAUACAAUACAAGAAUACAUAUACGAAUUGUAAGGUUGCAAGGGAGCCCAGAAGAAACCAGAAGGCUUUUUGAAGCCUGAGCUCCCCAGUCUAAAAGAAAUAAGCAAAAUAAAAUGAUAUUCGCGGAGUGAUACGUUAAAAAAAGGAACCAGACAGAGACUGAGUUAAGUUAUGAAUUUAGUAACAAGAUAGAAAAAAAAAUUUAACUCUGGAUUGGAACAGAAUACUUUCCAUUGUUAGUACGGCAGAAAGGAAUAUAAAAUUGAUUUGAACUACGCGUUCAUUGUUUAUGGCCGCCAUGUUGUUUUCAUCAAGUCGAAGUGCAUAACUUUAAUCGCCCAAAAAUCAGCAAUAAUUCAUUGAUUCGAGAUCAAAAAUCCAACAAACACAUCGCAAACGGAUACAAAAAGCUAGUUCAUACCUUUAAACGCGAGGCUGUACAAUUUUUCGUGGCAAAAAACCUUGCCGUAAAUCACUUACCGCUGGAAGCCCUUCCUGCGGUUCUAACGUAAACUGCAAACUGCAAACGUGACCGCAAGGCCGUGGUCACGUGACAUUUUGCGGUUUGCGGUUUGCCGUUUCCCACGAAAAACCUGAUGCUAAAGGUCCCUAUUAUCGAACACAACUCUUACCAGACGUUUUCGAAGUGAAAUGGAUAGUGGUUCUACUCAAGCGAUUUUCAAAAUUUAAACGGAUUCUGUUCGAGAAAAGGCCAAUCUUUCAUUUGCCGCGCGUGGUUUUUUAAAAGCGGUGUAAAUUUUCCGAAAAUCCCUUUCGAAAAUUAACUCCAUACUAAAAAUGGCCGUUUUUACUGCAUUUUCAAGUUCAAAAGGAUAAUGCGUACUCUUGUUCAAUCUUCUUCGUUUUAGUCUCAAAUUGCAGUUACACCAUUCUUCUUCAAAAACCCGCGCAUAGGUUUUUAGAAUUUGGCUUUUGGAAAGCAGGAAAGCAAGUUUUAUCAGCGCUACCUGGCCAAUUUUAGCCCUUUCUUCUCUUAUUGUGAGCCUUUCUUAGCCAACUCGCAUUCAUAUUUGCCGCUUCGCUGAUUAUAAAUAAUUAACGAUGUCCCUUCAUUUGUGCCCAUCGUUCUAAGUUACGAUAUAUGUUGUCAUGUUAUGUCUCUAAAAGUACUUUGUAUACAGGCUCUGAGUCUGCUGAGUAGCGUAGUUCAUGCGACGGACACCAUGUGUCCAACUGUCGCUUACAAGAGGCUGAAAUCAAAGAUGGAAAUAGACCUUUUUAGCUUGUAUGUCUUAAUUUGUUUUCCCAUGACACCCCAUGGCUAUGACUAGGAACAUUUGUGAUUUACACAGGUGACCAAAACGAGUUAAAUAGGAUGGAACAAGGACAAGGCAAUGUCAGUGAGGGCGUGUUUGUGUGAGGGAGGGCUUGCACCUCCUCCCAUCAUUCUGUGACUUCCAGUGGAUCCUUUUAAGGUUUCCACUGGAAACAGCCAAGGGUCAAUUUUGAACAGUCAAUUGAUGGUUAUCGAUUUCCUAGAAAAAAAUUAUACGUACAGCUGUUCUUAAAUUUACGCGGGCGAUUGUAACAACUUUCAACCGCUCCCAAAUAGCUACUAGGUUAAUCACGUGUUCUAACAACUAACAGUAGAUCGGGAAAACUACACGAGUCAUUUCAUUUUUUAUGGUUGAUAUAGUAUAUGUCUAUAAUUAAAUAUAUACAUUUCUUUUAAAACUUUUCUUAUUCUUUUGUUCAUUAACUUAUUUAAGGUUCCACAGUUGUUGGCUGCGGCUUUGUUGCCAAUGUGAUAAGUGCAAGCAAUCAGGUAGUGGUCAGAGGACUAUUAAUGUCUCGUCUCUUCCUGAUCCAAUAAAACUAUCAUGUUUUGCAAUUUCCGGUAAGUGGGCGUAGGGUAAGUUAAGCUUAAAAGUCUUAAAAGUCAGUGUUGAUGUUAUAUGUCUCACAAGUUUCGAACAAGUUGAUUUCAAUGUACCGUACAUUGUACUAUGCAAGGCUUUUGUAGACGUUUACUGAAUUGCCCUUUAAUGUAAAAUCUUCAGCCUCAUUAUGCUUACUGUUCUUAACAUAAUUAUAAAGAUCACUAUAGAGUAAGACACAUAGACAGCCUUUUUACUGUCCAAGAAAAAUUCGAUAACAAUACCACUGAUUUUUUUUUUUUGUUGCAAAUGUGUUGAGACAGGCAAAUCAUUAACUUGGGCCUUUUGAUAUAAUCCUAGCUGUAAAUUGAUUGUGAUUUUUCUUCUCAUUGUUAUACAAAGUAUUAUCGAUAUCCAUAGCGAGAAAAUAGAAUAUUUUGGCCGCAGAUAGAUGAACCCAUUCAGUAGAGCACCGGCCUGCAGAGUGGGAUGUCCCAAGUUCAGUUCCUGGUACCAGGACAAUACUCAUGCUCUUAUAAUAGCUUACUAAUUUAUUCUAUUUUUUUUUUCAGAAAAUAAGGAAAAUCUCCUUUUAGCUUGGGAACUUGAAAGUGAUCAUCAAGGAGUGCUUAACUUAAAAUGGCUAAGAGAAAAUUGUUACUCUGAACCAGCAAGGAAGAUACAAAGUGAAAUGAGAAGGACACAGCCGCAUAUAGGACCGGUAUUUAACCCUCCUGACAGCAAUCAGACAUUUUAAAUGAUGCUUAGAAUAAGUGAAAACAUUACUGAUCUACCACGAAGAGAUGUAUAAAACCAAGAGAGGAUAAAGGAGACAGAGAACGCAUCCGCCAUACACACCCUAUUCCAUAGGUAAUUCGUCUCGAGUUAUUUUUAGAAUCGGGAUAAAGUUACCUCGCGCGCUGCGUGGAUGUUUCGUGGAGGUUUCGCAUGACUAAACGCCGUGCAAAACAUGUCGGCCGAAAGGCAAUGAAAGCGUAAAGAGGUCGAGAGCAUUCCCGAAUAUUGAAACGAAAUGAGACGGCGUACACCUGGGAAAAGGGAAUCGCUAAACUCUUUGACAACCCGUGAAAUCAGUUUAACUCGAAGUUGUCGUAACCUCAGUGCUUUCAUCAUGUAAAAUGAAAAAUUUCGCCGGUCUAUUGAAACCGGUCGUUUGUACAAUAAAGCAAGUUAGGACGCCAAGUGUUAUUUUUGUUGAAUAAAAAAAGACUAAUGAAACCAGAAAUUGCUCUUUUCAAACUGUAAAUUAUAAAUGGUCCUGAGAGAAUAUUCAGUGUGUUAAGGAUUUCCCUGCUGUACUGUUAGCUUUAUACAAGAGAGGAAGGGUAAUUCUUUUUUUUUAUUUUCGUUUCGCUGACAUAGCUUUAGCAGAAAUCUCUCUUUAGUCGUUUUCGUCGACAAAACGAAUGGCAAUACCGCUCUCAGCGUCUUCCGCCAUUUUGUUCUGCGUCAAUAGGCCAUUUUACAGUUAUGGAUGAAAGCGAGGGUGAGGGUGACCUUGUUUUGAUACAAACCUUCUUUGCUUUGUUAUGGAAAUUGUUCUUGAAAAAUACUAGUUAGCAUAAGAGUAACUUGAUUUACAUAAUAAAGCAGGAAGGUUUGUAUCAAAACAAGGUCACCCUCAGCCUCGCUUCCAUCCAUAACUGUAAAAUGGCCUAUUCGUGAAGGACGCGUGGCUCUGAGCGUGGGUCAGCCACGCGGAACACAUUCGCGCUAUGUCAUUGGCUGUUGUCUAAUCCCUCUUGGGAUCUGUGGUCUUAAAAAUAACUCGAGACGAAUUACCUAUGGAAUAGGGUGUGUAUGGGGGAUGCCUUCUCUGUCCCCUUUAUCCUCUCUUGAUCAAACUUAUAACAAGAGUGAGAGACACACUAGUUAUCAAGUUAUACUCUCCCUUUCGCAGUGGUUUUAACCGCUGGUUAAAGAUUCCGGUGCCCAUAAUGUUCGGAAAGUUCGAGUGGUCAAAUACAGAGCUGUUUAUGAUCAAAUAAAAGCCGCGGACCAAAAAAUUGCCACAACCAAAAAUGGCGAAGAAAAUUCAAAGAAAUAAGCUUUCGAUUAAGAGGUUUUGGAGAGAAUUUAGAUGAUUUUUGGCCCAGGUAUUGUGGAGCGAAGGUCUUGGAUUUAAGCCGUGUAGUAGAAACGUAUUUAUAAAUUUUAUAAAGAGAAUUAACUCCAAAUUCUUUUAACGUGGUAAGGAAGAAUAUGCUUUUUCAGUGGACAAAGAAACUCACGAUACAAAGAUAAGACUUUGUACUUGAAGAUUUAAUCGCAACCUCUGAGAGUUUCCCAGCGGAAUUGUCAUUAAUUACCGAAGAAAAGAGGUUAAGCAAGGUGGCAGUGUUCCAUUUGCAAUAGAAUCAUAUGGAAGACGCAGGUAAUUUUUUCGUAUUUUUAUUUCCAUUCUGGGAAGCUCUAGAUUUGAAGGUAGGAGUUUAAGUUUGUCACAACUAAGACCUAAAUAAGUCAACCUUUCAGUCUCAAUCGGGUCCUAGUGUUCAGGUAUAUCGCACGACAUGUUGUAUCGCAAAUUAUUUUACUUAUCCCACAUUUCUUUGUAAAAUUUUCAUUGUUUCCUGUUAGAAUUUUUUCUAAAUGUCCAUCGCUACCGCGCGCGCAUGAAAUUAAAUUCUGACCAUUAUCAAAACCUCUUGACUUCAACAUUUAGUUAUAAUACAUGAUAUGUCAACAUGUAUCGACAUACAGUCGAAAUGUCUACUGAAAAUGAAAGAUGUUGACCUCAACGGACUUCUGUUAUAAUGGGUGUUUCUAAAACGAGGACCCAAAAACGAAGACCUAAGACCUAAGACCCCAUGGACUAAAAUGAAGACCCUUUGGACUAAAACGAAGACCCUAUGGACUAAAACGAAGACCCCUUUGACUAAAACGAAGACCCCAUGGACUAAAACGAAGACCCCUUUGACUAAAACGAAGACCCCAUGGACUAAAACGAAGACCCCUUUGACUAAAACAAAGACCCAAUGGACUAAAACGAAGACCCCAUGGACUAAAAGGAAGACCCCUUUGACUAAAACGAAGACCCCGUGGACUAAAACGACUGAUGCUAGCCGCUGAGGGCAAUGCCCGCUCCCGUAAUUUAUUACGGUGAUUUGGGAAUGUUGUGGAAUCUGAUUUCCUCUGCAGUAUUUAAUUGUGAUAGUCAAGUCUAUCACUUACCUUUCCUUCAGGUUUCUUUGCGGAAAAUAUAAUGCAUGUUUUAAACCACAGUGGAAGUGUUUACGGUGAUGAUGAUGUCAGUCUUAUUCAAAUUAAAGCUUUUUGCAGCAUCAAGGUGAGAGAGUCCUCGUGGCCUAGUGGUUAAAAUAAAUGAAGCAAAGGUCCUAGGAUCGAGUCUUAUCGGAUACGCUUUUUUUUUCUUGUCUUUUUCCUUCUUUUUCUUUUAUUAUUUUUUUAUCACAGUUAUCAUAAAAACAACUGUUUAAGCCGUAAAGGUGAGUCAUUUUUUAACAACAGAGGACAGAAUAUCAUAACAGCGUAUGACACUGGGGAUAUAAAUAAAACAAAUAAAACCCAGCAUAAAGACAAAUGAAACUCUAAAUGUUAACCUUGACUCGAGUAAUGUUCUCGAUUGAAGGCUUUUUUUCCCAAAUUGGAAAUUCCACAACAUUCCCAAAUCGCCGUAACAAAUUACUGGAGCGGGCAUUGCCCUCAGCGCCUAGCAUCAGUUGUUUUAGUCCAUGGGGUCUUCGUUUUAGUCAAAGGGGUCUUCGUUUUAGUCCAUGGGGUCUUUGUUUUAGUCAAAGGGGUCUUCGUUUUAGUCCAUGGGGUCUUCGUUUUAGUCCAUGGGGUCUUCGUUUUAGUCAAAGGGGUCUUUGUUUUAGUCCAUGUGGUCUUCGUUUUAGUCCAUGGGGUCUUAGGUCUUAGGUCUUCAUUUUGGGUCUUCGUUUUAGAAACACCCUGUUUUAAUCACUAUUUAACAGCACAGCCUUCCAGAAGUUGAGUAUAGUGAAAUGAUGGAAACUAAGGAAGGUCUCUGGAGGUAAGUUCCCUCUAUUGUGUGUAUCAGGGACCCAACAAAUGAUAUCAUUGUAAUCACCAUUCCUGAAGUACAUGUAUAUAUUGUUUGAUUUACAGGUUGAAUACAAGCACCGUAUAAAAUUCACUAAUGGCGCUGAAAUCGAUAUUGAGCUCAGGAUAUAAGCGCUCUAGAUAGUAAAGAAAUUUUCUCUUGAAAUGGUACUGCAAGUUUUUUGCAAGAAGUUUAUAGGCACAAAAGUACCGCCCAGUGGUAUAUCCUGCUUUAUCUCUGCAAAAAUCCAUAGGAAGGCCCAUUGAAUUCAGCAAAUGCCAAUUUCUUGCUAUUUGCUGUAGUGUCCCAAAAAUGUAAUUACACGUAGAAAAAAAUAGCAGUGCUUUUAAUUAUUUUUGUUCAUCUUAAAGUCAGCUGUGGCUUGAUUCCUUUCAAGUUGGAAUAACGGCCAGAGAAUGAAUUAUUGUCAAUUGGGAAAGCCAAAAGUCAAUUUUAAUCUUCAAUGUUUUAACAAACAAACUAAUUUAUUCGCUGCAUGGAAGACGCAUCACCAUUUCUACUUUACAAUUUGUAAGCCAUUUAUAUGUAUGAGUUUCGCAAUAAUUGACUAAUUAUUGGCUGGAAAUCCUGUAGUGUAAUUACAGUAAAUAAUUAUACAAGGAGCCUUGUGUAGACCUCGUUCGUUCAGACAGUUUUACCUUUGCAACACUAGGUGACAGAUAGUAUUUUAAGUAUAAAGCAUCCUUUUUUUCCCCAUAUCUUUGUAUUGCGCUCUAUUGAUGCUAGUUUAAUAUUUUAACCAUCAUGUGUUUCCUGCUUUUUUAAGAAUGCUUUGCCAACUAAGUGAUCAUGGGGUGUCAUUGGUAAAACAAGUGCCAAUUGAUGACGAGGAGACUGUUCGUAAGGUUUCUGAAGCUAUAGCUACUAUAAUAAUCUCAUCUGAAGUUAGAUAGUCACCAUUCUCUCAAAAGCUGCUACUCUGACACAGUUCAUUCAUCUAGUUUUGAGCUGAAAUUUAAGCUGUAAUUAUUAAACAUGUCACCUGAUCACAACGAAAAGACUCUGCAAAAUGUGAAAAUGCUAGCUGUCAGGCAAAGUAGUACAUACACUUUGAUGCAAGAUAAUGUCCAAGGGAACAGUGUUUAAAAUCUUUUUUUUUUUUAUCUAACAGGUUGCAAGAAGAAUGGGACCUCCUGAGGAAACCAUAUAUGGAAUGGUUAGUCAGUACUAAUAACUGCAUUGAAUAACGAUAUUCCGUGAGUGAUUUUAGUGGCUGAUGAUGAUCUCAGUGUUAAGUGGUGCUGUCUUUUUUAGACAUUUAAUGUGCUGAGUGUUCCUAAUCCAAUCAAUAUUGCGUAUUCUGAUGUUGAAUUGGCUCUGCACAUGGAUCUGAUGUAUUAUGAGUCUCCACCUGGACUUCAGCUUCUUCACUGCUUAAGGUAUAAAGCUAAAUUCUAAAUCAUUUUUUGAGAAACUUUAAUGGCUGCAUUGCAACCGAGAUACUUCGUUCCACUGCGUACUGUAACAAGUGCUUUAAUACCGUCGCUCGGUUAGUUCAAAUGGAUAAGCACAGGUCUGCCGAGCGGGAGGUCACAGGUGCAAACCCGGCCCGACCAACACACAGGGUCUCAAAAUAACUGAAGAGAAUGUGCUGCCUUUGUUGUGACAUCUACAAAUGGUUAGACAUUCUAGUCUUCUCAGAUAAGAACGACAAACUGUAGUAUCCGUCUCACAGCUCUUCAUGGUUGUGAUUAUUUUUGGACGUAAAAGAACCCACACUGCUGUUCAUUGGAAGAGUAGGGGGUGUAGACACCAGUGGUGUGGUACAACUCAGUUUCAUGGGCUGGGUGGGUAAUGAAGGGGUUGAUAUCAUUUGGGAUACAAGUCCUGUCUCAUCCCCCGUCAGCGUGUUGAGUCAGCAUGGUGAAUUCCAUAAGUUAUAGCCGGAACAUUAUACUGUUUGUCUAUCCUUAGAUUUGAUCCAGAAGUUGAAGGAGGCGAGAGCAUAUUUGUAGAUGCUUUUGAGGUUGCUAAGGAUUUGAGAAAACAGUUUCCUGAUGACUUCAACAAUCUUGUGCGUAUACCAGCAACAUUUCAGAAAAUACACUUUGAAAGGUAUUUGUUCUUACUUGAAAAUUUUCAUCUUUAUCACAACCACUAAAAAUAUGCAUUGGAAUAAUGUAACACACUUUAAGCUUAAUCUAACAUUGAGAAACCCUUUUUAACGAGCCUAGCAUUUUGUUGUUGUUCUUUUCUUUAUGUUGCAGGGAUUAUCCUGUCAAGCUAGUGUACAAAAGACCACAUGUUGUUCUUAAUCCAGACAAUGAGGUACAAUGAGGUUUUUUUUUACUCUGUAGUGUACCUGUUUAAUAUUUACAAAGUUAAUCAACAGUACCAACAAUACCAUUAGUAUGGUUCAUGUAGUGCCUUCCUAUGGCACUCUGUUUUCCAAAUGCAGGUAGAAAUUAGGUCCAAAUGGGAUAGAGUCGCAAGAAUUUUCUAUGCUAUUCAAUGCUAGGGCACAUUCAUUCAUAACCUUAUAACACACACAUUCGUAGUUGAGGCCCUGUUUACAAGGAGGGAGGGUAACCCUGGUGCGAGGGUUACCCUAGUAACAGGGUAACCCUAGCACUCGCAUAUUUCUUCUUUUUUCACAUGACAAGUUUACAAGGCAGGUGGGGUUACCCUAGCGCUAGGGUAACCAUACCUGAGUGCUAGGGUUACCCUAACAAGAGGGUUACGGCCUACCUGCCUUGUAAACGCUCUGCUAGGGAUAACUCCCCUACCCAGGUCAACUUUCUGCUGUAAUGCGUGACCAGUAAUCAUGCCAAUUUGAACGGUAUUAUCCAAUUUCUGAGCUUAAUUAUAAACAUGUGAAAAAGAAAAAGUUAUUUUCUGUCUAUGAUGAUAUUUUCCCUUUUUUCCGUGAAUUUAACGUGUUUUCCAUAGAGAACUUCAAGAUUAUUUCAAAUCUUGGACUGUUACAAAGAAUGUCACGCAUGACGAAACACGUCAGCAAAGCUGGUAAAGUUGACCCAGGUGAUAGGUUAACCCUACCUGUGAAAUUUGUUUGUAAACCAGAGCUAACUUUGACCCACUUGUUAAGGUAACCCUAACUCAAGGGUGACCCUCUCUCCUUGUAAAUAGGCCCUUACUUGUACCCCAUGCUGGUGAAUUACCCCAUGGAAUUCCAUGAAGUGUUUUUUGAGUUUCAAAGACAGCUUCCACGGAGUGUCCAUAGAUUUCCACAGAAUUCCAUAGUGUAUCCAUAGAUUUCAAAGAUUUAAUAGAACGUUCAUGCACUUUGGCCUGUAACUCUAUGGAAUUCCACUGAAUUUUAUCAAUUAAACAGAUCACCAGCCAGUCAACCACAAUUUCAUGUCUGCAAAUUUGAAUUUGACAGAGAAAGAGAAAUAAAAAAGCUGAUCUUGAAAAUAAUACUUACGUUUAAAUGAUACAAUGGAAUGGUAUCUUCUUUUUACCCAUGCUGAUGCCCAGUAGCAUCAUAACGGAAUUGUUGUCUUGCAAGAGACGUUUGUAACAAAAACCAAGACCCAACUGACUGGUUCUUUAGGACCAUCUUAACACAACACGUUUCUGUUAUUAUUUUUCUUUGCAUUUUUUAGUGGAAAAUACUGUAACUGAGGAACUGUCGCUUGAUAGGAAUCAUGACUAUUAUAAUUACUGGCGCCUUUUAUGCUUGGUUAUUUUUAGAUUGUAGCUGUCAACUGGUCUCCAGCUUUUGAGGGUCCCUUAUUUGUACCAGAGGUAAGCAUCCACACCCCAAGAGAAGACGUUAUAACCCCAUGGUAGUUCCCACCAUGAACACAGGGUCCCCACUCAGGAGAGAAAAUGUUGUGUUUUCUUAAUGACGGCCACCAGAACAGUUUUUUGCUACUGAAAAAUUUUACCAUCAUAGAUGUGGAACUAUACUCUAAAAACCCCUUAUGUGCGGGUCAGGUUUGGAAUUUGAUUACACGUGUAAAUCCAUUUUUCGAUUUUUUUCCCUUCCGUGUAGCUUUAAAUAUUUUUAAAUAUACCCGUAAAACGGAGCGCUGGUAGAGAGAGGGGGCAGCGUAAAAUGAGAGCACCGUUGGCCUCAGGUUUUUCAGUGUAAUAUGUACUGUAAUGAGUUACUUUAACUGAAUGAAUUUUCUUAAACGAUAGUAGAGACCUGUAGUGGACGAAGAUGUCUGCGAGGACGCGUAGAUUUGAUUUCUUUCGUGUAUUCUCAAAAAAUACACACUUCGGAGAGCUUCUAUCAUUUUACUGUUUCAACAGAAAAGUUAAUACGGUUGUUGCUGUUGAAGGAGGUUUAUCCCUCUCACGAUCACAAAAUGAUAAAACUCGGCUUAUAACAUUAUAGUAACUUGUUUUAUUUUUCGUCACUGCAACAUUUUCGCUAAAACCCGUAGUAGAAUUACAUCGACAAUCGCGCUUUCCCGCCAAAAAUGACAGUAGAUUCACUCCCGCGCACUUCUUAGUACCGAGAAAGUCUGGUUCACGUAGUCGUCCUCUAGAAUUCCGAUCUGUAGUAUUAUAUAUUUACCUCAAGUAGAGAAUCUUACCAGCUGUGACAGGUAUGUUUGGCCUUACCAUCUUUUCGUACGUAUUUGGUUUCUAAUGUCCGGCACAAGGUGUUCCUUCGAGAAGUCCUUGAUCGUGGCCACACAGUAAUUUUCAAGGAGGUAUAAUAACUCCUCUAGUGGGGCUAAUUUAACUCCUUACAGUGGAUUUAUUUUUUGGGGAGUUACUUUAACUCCGAAAAGGAGUUUAAACAACCCUUUGUCAGGAGUAAAAGUGGUCCCAGAUAUUAGCUGUGGUCACACUACAGACUUUUUACCUAGGUAAACUCGACUUGUUGACAGUUUACCUAGGGAAACUUGAUUUUUUAAGUGUGACCGAUUUUUCCCUUGGUAACUUACGUCGGGGAAAUUUUAUCGUCUAGGGCUUGGAUAUGUCUCGAGAACAAUAGACUUUCCCUUGACAGCUACCGCAAAGUGAUAGCUAGGGAAAAACGAAAUACCGAGGUUGCUAGCCAAUAGACGCUCAUUAGGGAAGGCCUUGACGACAGAACCGGACAUAGCUCACGCGGGGAAAGAAAUUUUGCGGGCACGAGUCGUCUACGUUUUCGCCUGUCUUCACCUUGCACGUUGAAUUAGCGUAAGAAAUCACAGCGAGAUAAAAGAAAAAAACGUCUCUUUGAUCGGCUAGAUCCCUGUGCAUCUUGCCUUCUUGAAUUUACGUUCCUAAAAAUUCAACUGUCCGUGAAAACCUUGGGAGCCGAUAUCAGUAGUGUGACCUUCCCAGAAUUUUUAGCUAGGUAAAACAAAACCCGAGAUGAAGUUACCUCGGGAAAUUUUUCAUGAAUUUACCCUAGGUAAAUCGGUUUGCCUAGGUAAAAGUCCGUAGUGUGACCAAAGCUAUUGAGGAAUUAAAAUAACCCCAAAAAAGGAGUUAUCCUGUACCUAAAACUUUUACUCCACUUUCAGAGUUAAAUUAACUCCAAAAAGAGCAAAAACAACCCAUGUAAGGAGUAAAAAUAACCCCAUUUCGGAGUUAUUUUAACUCCAGACCGGGAGUAAAAGGAACUCUUUUUCAGGAGGAAAAAAUGACCCCAAAUUCGGAGUUAAAUUAGGAGUUAAAGUAACCCCCAAAAAGGGGUUAUCCUGCACCUAAAAUUUUUUACUCCAGGCCCGGGCAGUAGAAUAGCAUCACUACAUCUGACAAGGUUUGCGCAAUCAAUACUGCGAUAGGCCGUACACCUUCAGAUCCUUAAGAGUAUAUUUUAACUUUAUUUUUUACUUCUUUUAUCAGGCAAUCUUUCCCUCUUGUUGCCUAUCAUUCGUACGGCCACAAUCAACUGACCUUGUUUGAUCAUUCAUAGGCAGAUGUUGAGCCUUAUUUUAAAGCAUAUAGGAGGUUUACAAAGCUUCUUGAUGAAUCUCCAAUCAAGGUAUGGAAAAUGGCUGCCGUCAUUAUUCAGUUCAUGGAUAUGCGGGUUAAUUUCAGUUUAGCGCUUGAAACCUUGGCCUUUCUUUUCCGGUGGUUAAUUUGAAUUCAUAUUGGCCGGGGGUAGCUGUAAACACAUGCAGCAUACAAUAGGUGGCAAUUAAUUUCACUUCACCGCCAUGUACGUAGCCAUGGAGCUGCGUAAAAAUAAAAUAAAAUAAGGGGGAAGUUUUCUUCUUUGGUAGCUAAGUCGUCCGUUCAAAAAUUUAAGGCAACAAUUUUGCGGCUACAAGUUUACUAUUUUUGUCCCUGAUUUUCUCCAAGUUUGCACUUUUUUGCAUCAUAUUUGUCCCGAGCAACUUUGAUGUAAAUCUGAUAUUUCAGCUAGUCACAGAAAGACUGCUUUGGUAUUUUAGAAAACAGUGACCAUGCAGCCAGGAGACUUAAUUUGUUUUAACAACCGCCGCGUUCUUCAUGGUCGAAAUUCACUCAAGCUUAAAGGCGGAGUCAGGUUUUUUAAG